UCACUUUCACAUUUCUUCACUUCACAUAGCUCUCAAUGAGCCACUAUGUGUGUGGCAGGCAAUUCAUCUUCGAGGAAGAGCCUCGAUGGCUCCUGCUGGGCCUUUUGGUGGUCAUGGUGGCGGGGAUGCUCAUCGGCCUACUGCUAGGACUGGUCAUCGGCCUGGCGGGCAUGUUCUUCUUCGAGAUGGCGUUGAUGGGCCUCGCGCUCUUCAUUUUGUACGACGCGUACGAUUUGACUUUUUUGAAGAAGUCCGGUGCGCGCGACAAGACGGGCUUCGCCUUCAUGGUAAUGUUCUGCACCACUUUGGUCUUGCUGUUUAUGGCAGCCAUGCGAUACUGUGCCUUUAAUUUGAGCACACAGAGCCGCUGUGUGGUCUUUAGCAUCGUUGGUAUCGCCUUGGCCUUGGUGGCGUACGUUUAUGCUCGACUGUGUUGUCAAGAAGAUGAGAGGAAGCAUCAUCUUGGCCCGUGUAGUCCGGAAGGGGAGCUUUUAGAAGCCAGCGACGGUGAAAGGGACUUGGCCAGUCGGUCCUGGAACCUGAAGCAUUUGCAAACCUUCCUCAGCUGGAUUAUGUGCGGCCAAUGCUUUUUCGAAAUCAAUGAUUGGUUAGUUCCUUCUGAAGAGGAUUGCUCUCUGAAGGAUCAAAUUACAGUGCACAACCGGAGUUUGAAGCUCAUCAAGGUCUGUCUAUAUUCAUCCUUCGAUGUGGUGUGCUGGGUUCCCAUUGGUGGCAUCGCUGGAAGCUGUGUGGGUUUUAUUCGCUCCGGAGAGAAGCGCACCUUGACUCUGCCUCGGCCCUGGCGGAAAGUGAACGGGACCGAAAGCGAAGAAUCCUUUCGAUUGAAAGUCUUCAUGCCAGGCUUGUUGGAUAAAGAGUUGGCCUUUUUCCCGAAGGCCAAGAGGGGUCAAUCCUUCGCCUUCGUCGACGUCGAAGGGGUGGUGCGGCGCUCACGGCUGCUGUCCUCUCAAUCCUGUCUUCCGGAAGCCACGUUGCCGCUUCCCGCCAUGGAGAGCUCCGAAGAGGAAUACGCCUCCGCGGCUGCCGCGGCCCUGAAGAAGGAUGAGAAGUUCGAUUCCAGCGGACCGGGCCCCGGUGGCCUCGGCCUGCGGAAGCGCAGUUCGCUUCAAGUCAUGAAGGGCGGAGCAGGCGGAGCCGAUUCGCCGGGCAUUCAGCUGGAAGGCAGUCCGCACUGCAGGAAAGCGGCGCCUGAUGAGAUUGUUGUGCGGAAUCGCAGCAGCGAAGAUGUCAGAGCACUUCUCUUCCGAGCAGACGACUACUGCUAUAUGGUACCAGUGGUUGGUAAGCUCAUGGCUUGUGGCGAUUGCAUUCUCCAAGGAGAAGAGAGAAGAUUCAAUCCCAGCACAGAUGAAAUGCAGGAAUUUACCCUAAAGGUUUAUAGCAUCGGACCGGCCUCGAAAGAGCUCACCUAUCUCACAGUGAGACGUGGUAACGCCUACACCUUUUGUGACUCCCUUCUGUCAUGAAGGAUCAUGGACGGAGUCAACGUUGGAGCACCAAAUUCGUGCAAAGAUGGUGCCCAUCGGGUUCGAGAUUGGCCUUUAAAAGGCGCUGAAUGCAUAUGUGCACCUCCUCUUCUGCCAGAGAUGUCCUGCACACCUGUUCGUCGCUGGAUGUAAAUCAUGUUCAUGUUGCCAUAGCCCAUUGCCAAUAUGUUGCCACUAUCGCCUUGACUGUUUGGGUUUGGAAGGUCUCAUCUCCGAGAUGGAAGUGCUCAUAUCAUCUAUCUCAAAUUCUAGCUUCUGCAUCGCAGAAGAAGGCUUCGGCCGUUGGCAUUGUCCAUGAUGACCUGUUUUUCAAGCCAUUGGUUGCACUGAUGCAGUGAAUUCUCCGAAUUGAAUAGCUUGCGAAUAGAAGUGGACCAGUUUGAGCAGCAGAAUCGCACUUUGUCCGUUGGCGAAAGCCGAAUCGCUUGGAAAGCAGAGGAUGCACAGAAUGGGUCUAGACAGUCUGGACCGCAGCACAGGACGCCAGACCCGCGACACGGACGUCAGAGCUCCACG